UAGGAUUUUGUAGCCCCCGGCUUGCUCUUUUGAAUGGUGAAAACCGCAGCUCGAUAACUCAAAGUAAUCAAAAGUUAUUCAGAAAAUGGUCGUUAACACUUUAAAAAAAAUCCGACAUUAGAUAGAAACCUGGAGUAUUUACCAUUUAACAGAGGGUGUGGAUGUGGGUUAAUAGCGACAUCCAUAUCCUUCUCAAAAAUUAUACCUCGACAAAAAUACUAUGCAUCAUCAUUCUAUUAUAAACAAGAUCCGCGUAGUCUACAGUUCACGGGUAUUGGAAAAUAAUCCACGAAAGGCUCUACUUCAAUUUGACAUUUGAUUGUCUUUUUCGUUUUUUUACAAAUCUCAAUAUGACUAAAAGAAUAAUGGUUUGUUUAUUGUAAAAACCAAAAUUAAAAUAUUUUAUUUUAAAAAGUAAUAUAUCAACUUUUAUUCAAUUAUUUUUCAAUUGGAAACAUGUCAAAUACAUGAAGAUUGAUUUAUGUCCAUCAAUUUUUGUAUUCAUUAAACUCGAUCUAUCAUGUUUCAAAAGAAAGUUUUCCAAAUUAAACUAGAUGUAGGAAAUUGUUAAUUGGAUGAUAUUCAUUUUUGACAUAUGACACGACUUGUUUUUUGUCUUGAUUCUGAUAAGUUUUCAUUGUAUUUUGAGGUUAUGAUAAAUAACGUUUUACAUAUUAUAAAUUUGAUUUUCUUAUUUCAAGGAAAAAAAAAAGACGAAUUAUGUUUCUAUUAUUCUUUAGAAAUUGAUCGAUCCAUACAUAGAACAGAGCAUCUUAAGAUUAAUAUUAAACGUCGUCUUGCUCGAGUAGGAUUAUCUAUGGAGUUACCGUUGAUUGUAAAAAUCACUUUGAGAAAGAUCAAACUCAAUUGUUGAUUUGUCUAUCAUGAAAUAUAUAAUGUUCCACACUUUGUAUCAUUUAUCAGAGUUCAUACAGAAUAUAUUUGUAUUGUGAGCGGUUGUAUUCCACCUAAUUUAUUCAAAUUAAUCAUUCGUCACAUUUUUUUGCCGUAUGCAAUAAUUAAAGAUAAUUUUAAAACACUAAAUUGAAGUAAGAUCAUACUGUACUUUCUCUUAUAUCUUGUGUUUAUAAAUAAUGAUAUUGUUUGAAGACAAGUAUCUACUUGUAUAUUUUUAUUUUAUGUAUCAAUCGAAAUAAAUAUACGUGUAGAAGUACUAGCCUAUAUUAUGUAAAUAUCAAUUCAACUGAUCUAUCUUCAAGUUGAAUAAUGCGAAUGACUUUUCCAUCCUAUUAAGUAUGUAAGUAUUCAUUUCAAUUAACUGUAAUAACAUAAGAGAAAUGUGUUAUUGUGAUAUUUCUAAACUAUAAAUAAAUUAUUUAUGUAAUACAAGUCCCGAAUAGAUCUCAAAAACAACACUUCAUACUGAUUUAUAGAUGAUUUCUUAUUGAAUAUUUUAAUAAAAUAUUUUUCAAUGACUGAUAUUUUAUAAUUAGAAAUGAUCUGCAUCUUCGUAUUUUUAGAUAUCAGAUAAACUACGAAAAAAUCAUUAAUUACUGUUCGACAUAUUAAAUUGUGUCGUUCGAACUAUAAUCAUGUUUCAGGUGAGAAAAAAUCUCGUAUCUUUUCUCAAUGCCUUAACACGCAAUAUAAAAAUAUUGCGUGUUAAACAAGAUGUUAAUUUUUGGUUGAGCAGAUGGUAUUCUGAGGAAACGAUCGACAGAAUCUUUAUAAGAAUCUUAAUUCAUUAGUAUGUUUAUUAUAUAGGUUUAAAAACAAAUUAUUAAGAAAAUUGUAUGCUUUUUAAAUUUAGUCCAACUAUUGAAAAAAAUGAUUUUUUUAGAUAUUGAUGGAGAAAUGAAUUGUAAUCGAAUCGAAUCUCAUCGUUCUAUAGUGAAAAAGUGUUUUUUCUAAUGAUUCAAUAUUGAAAUAAGUUCGUUUGUUUUUAUUAUAAUUAUUGAUUAACUAAUCAAAAAUUCUUAUAUUAAAUUAUUUUAUUUAUUUUUUAAUUAAGAGUUGGGGAACAUCUUAGAUGGUGUAUACUUUCCUUACAUUUUAAUACUAUUUUUUUUUUUGUAUAAACAUUAAACUUCAGACUUUAAGUGCUAUUAAGUUAAUAAUAGUUAGUAAUUGUUGACUAAUCAUAGUGCCAACACUUCUUUUUGCAUAUGAAAUUUGAAAAGAUGUUGACACAUCAAGCAAAAUAUCAAUUUUAAAAAGAACAUUAUUCAUCUUUUGACGACGAGACAAUCGAUUAGGUUCAGUUAGAGCAUUAGCUCUAUAAGAUGUGACAGGAAGAAAACAUUGAAAAUGCAAUAAUAUUUGUUUUUUCUCAUCGUUCAAGUUGAUCAAUAAUAUUUAUUUGAUAAUUGCUUACCAAAAUAAACAUGUUUAGAUCUACAAGAGAUUUUUUUUUACUUUUUUGAUCGUCACUAUAAUUCUUCUAUAAAUAAUAGAAAUAAAACGUUAAAUUAUCACUUCCAUUUGUAUGAUGAUUAAAAAUAAUGCUGUUAGCAUUGAUUUGUUAUUCUAUUAUAUCGAAUGUUUCAGUUAAUGAUCGUAAUAAAGGCGUUAUGUUGUCUGGUUCAAGUUUCAUGCAAAAUAUACGACUUUGCUUUUCAACAUUUUUCGUUACAUUAGUUUUCUUAAAUAUAAAAUUCUCUUAAUGAAAGUCUAACAGAACGACGACAAUCAUGUUUAUUUAAUAAUUCAAUCAAUUAAUACUGAAAAUGUCAAUGAUGAACCAAUUCAAACACCAACACAAUUAGUUGAUUUAUAUCAAAAAACACUUGAAUCAGCUACACAAGGAAAAAUUAGUAUUAAAAAUACAUUUAGUAUUCCACUUUUUGAACGUUUAUCACAAGUUUUAAAUGUUGUUGCACUUAAUGAUAAAGAUAAUCAUAAUAUAGGACCAAAUUUUGUUAAAGCUGGUUUAGUUAUUGAUCCUAGUGGAAAUAUUCUAAAUGCAGAAGAAGAAGAAGAAGAACAACAACAUACAAAUAAAGAUGGAACUAAAGAAGAAAGUCGAUCGAAAGGCCAUAGUGAAAAUAUUGAUUCUGAACAAAAUUAA